AAGAUGGAAAGGCAUCUUUACAUUCAACGUCAAUGUGUGUGAUCUAAUAGAGAAAAUAUACUCUUUAGCAGGAACAUACACUCUUUUAGCACUGUCGAAGUGCCCAGAGGCGAAAUCUGCACUCGUCGUGCAGAAGGAGAGAAAGCCGCUGGAAAUGCGCCGUAUAUCCAACAGCAUACACUUCUUAAGAGGUGAAUGGAACAGCAGUAGUAUUCAGCUCACUGAUAGUACAACCGCUCGGCUCCGAAGAAAAUAUCUGAAUGAUCCUGCAUUCCAGCUCCCUUUUAUACCCGUAUGUCCGGGGAGUGGCAUGCAAAUUCCACUCGGCAAUUCUCAUUGGCCUUUUCUCAAAGAUCUGAGGUGAUCGGGGCUCUCAAGAGUGACCCCUAGUGUCACUACAUUGACACAACGUUGAGUGAGUGACAGAAGAGGAACAUUGUUUUAAAAGUAUAGAUUUAGGAUUUGCAUGUUAACAUGAUGCUACAAUAUGUGAUGCAAUAGCCUACUAGCCUUGUCUGUUUAAAGUUAGGCUAUAUAUAAUAUUUCAACUUCAAUGUCAUGAUGACGUAAGGACGGUCGUAAACCCUGUAUAGUCCCACUAACUUUUGCACACUGCACAAUGAUACCAAGAAGGGAUGUGAUUUAACUUCCUUGUUAACAUGAAGCUGAUCAAGUAUUUUGCAGCAGAAGAACAUAAACGUGUCUCCGUCCUGUUGUCUACAUACGUGCAUACUGCAUAGUGUCCUACGAUGAAAAAAAAAUCCAGAUUUAAAAAAAAAAAUGUAACUGUUUAAAUAAAAGCUGAUUGUUACGUAUUUACAUGAAACCAGUGCAUGACUGCUUUGUGUACUGGUGCCAGCCACACACAGGAAUCCACCUAGAACAGUAGCUCACUACAAAAAUGACGAUUUUGACCACUUUACAGGUCAAAUAAUUAUUUGCUAGUUUUUCUUGGCUAGCUUUUAUGGAAUAAUUUAUGUAAGUUCUUUAAAAAAAUGUGAGCAAAAUGUUUUACCCUUUGAGCUCCCAAAAUUGGAACGGUGGUACAAAUGACUUCCAUUGUAAGUGCCUUACUCUAACGCUGAUCUGUUUAUUUUUUUUUUAAAGGAAAAACAUAAAUUAUUUUGGUAGUUAUCAACAUUAUGCAAUAAAUUAAGCUUAACUUGAUUGAACCUAGAACAUUUCUUUAAUACAUAGCUUUCCAAAUUAUGCUUUCCUUCUCAGAAUAUUAAUGCACUUAGUGUGAGUGUGUGUGUGUGUGUGUGUGUGUGUGUGUGUCUGUAUUGUGUGUGUGUGUACACAUGCAAUUGAUUGGAUCAUUGAUGAGAGUCUGCAGGUCUAUAAAGCUUAUUAAGAGGCCAGACUCACUGUCCUCAUUUAGACUGAUAUGUGCUGCAGGAAGAGAGAAGACUUAAUGGAUAAUAACCUUCUAAAUAAGGAAUAAACUACACAACAACAAAAAUUAUAAAUACAAACACCAAGUAAUUUUUUUCAGCUAUAUAUAUAUAUAUAUAUAUAUAUAUAUAUAUAUGUUCCAUGGUUAACUGUCAUUUACUCGAGUGUUCUGAAAUGAGUAGAUUCUUUUGUAUAUGUCUGAGCAAGGGCAAAAAUAGACUUCUGUUUUUUUCCACUGUGGUGAUAAGGGCGUGGCCGAGCGACCUCUGUUGAGAGCAAGGCAGAGAGAGUGAGUAGGGUAAGGAAUGACACCUAUGGGAAAUCAGCUCUAACAGCUGUUUUGUGUUUGCAGUGAGAACGGAGAGGGAUUUAAAGGACAAUCCAGACCGCCGGAGGAAAGAGAGAGAGCCGAGCCUGAACUUGUGUGAGUACGGUAAGGAUAGACACCUGUGGACAAUCACCUCUAACAGCUGUUUUGUGUUUGCAGUGAGAGCGGAGAGGUAUUUAAAGGGCAAUCCAGACUGCCGGAGGAGAGAGAGAGAGCCGAGCCUGAACUUGUGUGACUUCCAGAACUUUUUCUAGAAUGACCAGCAAGAUCAUAUCAACCGACAAUGCUACAGUUGUCAUCCAAAUAAAUCCACAGGUGGCACAAGACAGUGUUAUUUCUGAUGAUGGACAAGCUGAAAGAGUAUCACAUUGCAGUACUGUUCUUAAAGGAUUCCUCAAAGUACAACCAAAGUCAUUGGGGUACAUCAGUGCCGGCUCUUUGUCUGUUGCUGCAGCGAAGAAACUUAAUCCAUGUUUGGUGAAAGCAUCUCUUGGAAUGAAUGUGUUCAGUACCAUAACUGCAGGGGUAACCAUAAUUCUGACGUCCAUAGAAAUAGAAAUCAUGACCGAUCGAUAUUGCUUCUAUGGUAACAGAGACUCUGAACAGACCCUAUGUUCAAAUACAAAGAUUCAUGUUAGUGGGAUCAGUGGAAUAUUGCUGGUGUUCUCCAUUCUUCAGUUCAUCAUCUCCAUCUGCAUCUCAGCAUUUGCCUGCAAAGUCACCUGCAACAGAGACACUACAGUUGUCAAUGUUUUACUAAACCAGAGACCCGAUUCACAGUGAGGAGAUCUUACAGUCCAAAUGUUGCGAAGAAUUCAUUUCUUAUACUGUAGCUUGUGACAACCAAAGUUUUUUUUUUUUUUUCAAAGUCUUUCCUGUUGUUAGGGGCAUCUGAAUUUAUUUACAUUUUUAUGUUAUGAUUGUUGGUAAACUGAAAAAUUUCCAUGUGAGAUUUGUAAAUAUGGAGAAAAAGGAUAUGCUUCUAUCCAAUACUCUUUGUUCAAGCCCCAACUAUAUGUCGUUUAUUUUUAUUCUCAAAUGUCUGGUAGGGACCAAAGGUUGCAUUCUUUGACAAAGACUCUGAAUGAGCUGAGUAUAUCCUGAACAUGUAUGUUUAUUGUGUGUCUGUUAUCCAAAUGAGUCCACAGGUUCUUCAUUCUUAGAAUUAAUCCACAACACAAAAUAAAUUAAAAAUGGCUGAUGAAAGUGAUGUACUUUGGUUCUAAAAUAUUUUUUUAUUUUUUUUAUUUUUUUGCAGUGUACAUUGCAGAUGACUAACUUUGUCCAAAUACAUCAUUUUUAAACAGUGGCAAUGCUAUAUUAUUGCGUUCAAGUAAAAAUAUUUUUUUUAAGGUUAAUGAUGGACAAAAAAAUAAAAAAUACAAAUAAUAAAACAGAAGACAAUAUGUCUCUUAAUGUCUUAAUUAUUAAUGUCUUAUACUGUAUAUCCUGUCAGUGUGUACCAAUAAACUGAUGCUAUU